AUGCUGGCAUCGGCCGAGACGAUCAAGCUCGUGGCCGACACGUUGGAACAACGAGCCGUCACCAAAUCUGUCAUCGACCCUGUCAUGGUAGCCACGACAGGCGCAACAUUGCUGCCACCGGAGGCCCUGGCCGACUUUGGUAAACUGGCCAGACUUGCCUACGUUCUGACUCCCAACAUUCCUGAGCUCAAGCUUCUGUUGGGAUGCAAAGACGAGCCCAUUGAAACGGUCGCAGAUCUGGAGCGGCUGGCGCGGCUGGCGUGCGACAACCUCGGCUCGACAUGGGUGUUGGCCAAGGGUGGCCACACCCCAUUCAAAGCCGACUACAGUGUCGCCAAGACGGACGUAGACCGGGCACUUAUUGUCAACGUUCUCGCGGGGCGAGAUGGCCAACUGAUCCGCAUCGAGAGCCAGUACCAAGACUCCAAGAACACCCAUGGAACGGGCUGCUCUUUAGCAUCCGCCAUUGCGUCAAACCUGGCCACGGGCCUAGACGUCGAGGCCGCAGCUCGUGCUGCAUGCCGGUACGUCGACGCCGCGAUCCGCCACGCACCCCGCCUUGGCAAAGGCCACGGUCCUCUCAACCACUUCCACUCGCUCUUCGCUCUGCCGUUUUCCCGUGGCCAUUUCCUGGACUAUGUCCUUGAACGUCCUGAUGUCGUCGACAUCUGGCACCAGUUUGUCAACCACCCGUUUGUCAAGGCACUCGGUGCGGGCACCCUGCCCCGCGAGUCCUUCAAGGGCUACCUGACCCAGGACUACCUCUACUUGGUGUGUGCUGUCGCUGACCAGUCUCGUGCCACCCUACCACACGUACAUUUUGCACGAGCGGGCGCGCUGGCCGCGUACAAGUCCAAGAACAUGCCGGACAUUGUCAGCUCGGCAGCUCUGGUCCAAGGAGUGGAGCACGAGAUGCAGUUGCAUCUGAAGUUCUGUGCCGACUUUGGCCUCACCAAAAAAGACAUGGAGGCCACUGAGGAGAACAUUGCCUGCACUGCCUACAGCAGAUACAUCCUCGACAUCGGCCACUCGGAAGACUGGUUUGCCCUGCAGGUUGCACUCGCUCCCUGCGUGCUUGGAUACGGCGUCGCGGCUCGUGCCCUCCAUCAGACGCAUGCCACGAACAAGGACGACACACACCCGUACUGGAAGUGGGUAGAGAACUACACCAACGACGACUAUGGUGUCGUGGCCAAGGCAACAAUCGACAAGAUCGAACGGCAUGCCGUCCUGCAGUCGGCCUCCAGAAUUGAAGAGUUGAUCAAGAUCUUCAAGCAAGCGAUCAAGGUACAUAUUAACCCUAGCCCGGCUUCAUUUGGUUGCUUGUUCACUGCUGACGACGUGGGAUGA